AGAGAUCUCCAUUUCGAUCAUGAAUUGAGUGCGGCGUUUCCCGAGAGCGCGUGUGACACAUGUCAGACACGUGGUGGACGCGUUUGCUCCAUUGAUCGUAGGCGUGAUGUAAUACGAUGACACCGCGCAGCUGUUCAGACUCGUAAAUGAUCCAAAGGAUGUUGAGAUGCAAUCGAGGAAGCACCUUCAGUUGACGCUGGCAAUACUGAAACCGCACGUCGUCAAGUCUCCUUUCGCUCUUCAGAAGAUUCGCGAUUUAAUAAUCGACAAUAAUUUCAAAGUUGUCAGAUCGCGUCGGACGACGAUAUCUAGCGAGGAGGCCGAGUUGUUCUACAAAGAGCACAGGGACAAGUUCUUCUACAACCGCCUAUUGACUUUUAUGUGCAGCGGCCCGUCCGACGUCCACAUUCUCACGGCGAAUGACGCUAUCGCCAAGUGGCGACAGCUAAUGGGCCCGACCAAGACCUAUCAGGCGCAGUACAAUGCGCCACACACUAUCAGAGGGACGUUUGGUCUGUCGGACACGAGAAACGCCACGCAUGGAUCCGAUUCCACGGAGUCCGCAGAAAGGGAGAUAGCGAUAUUCUUUAAAGAGUUUAACGUGAAGAAGUGGUACGACAAUGAGGAAAAAUUCUAUAGUUCAGGAAAACUGCACUUCGACCCAGUGUCCUUCGUGCACAUGAUUGACAGGAGUCACUCGGAGACGCGGAACGAGCAGAUAGAAUAAUCAAACGUCGCCUUGCUACCAAAUUUUUGUUAAAUAAAUAUCAUUUAUUAUAUUCGUAACGGGAGAUGCUAUAGAAUUGUCAACAAAUCCCAGGCUGUGUGCGUGCAUUUUUGUGAGAAAAUAUAUUGGUGUAUUAUUCUC